GAUUUCAAUCGCUUUUUAACACAAAUUAUUUUCUCUCUCAAUGAAUGCGUUCACGAAAUGGGCAUAACUUUUGAUUUAAAAAUGCAAUUGAUAUGAAACGCGAUAAGAGUUUGAGAUAAAAAGUUUUCACAUAUUUUUUGUUGUUUUACUUUUCAAAGGACGAGAACAACACUAUUUCGGUGAACAUCUAUGAGGACGACAAGUGGACAGUUAGGCACAGUGUGGCCGAUGUGGACGUACUGAACGCCGCCAAGUCUGUGAACUGGUCCCAACCUAUCGACGCGUUUGGUUUCUUCGAAGACAUUUUUGUCAUAUUUCAAGGAAACUUCUACACAUCCAUCAAAUGCGAAAACGGGGAAUGGGCUGAAGUGCGUCACCUAAACAUCCCGACCUCCUUCUCGGGAAUCCAGGGGCCCAUAGACUCGGCUAACUUUAUCAGGACCGGCGCUCCUAUCGACGACGCCUCGCUCUAUAUGUUUAAAUCGGAAAACUUUUUCAUUUGUCCCGUCUUUGGAAACGAACCAUGCAAUGGUCCGCUUUCAAUAGUCGAUGACUUCUUCAUGUUUGAUGAAGAGUGUGGUCUCAGCCCGAAGUCUUCGACAGCGAAUCUAUUGAAUUGGAUUUUGAUAGCCUUUUUGGUGGCCAUUAUUGUCAUCGUUUUGUUGGCCUUUUGCUGCUAUGGAGUAGUGUUACGGUCGCGACAAAUCACGUUUUGGGUGAAUAGGAGGCGCGCGAAGGACCCCAACGCCGGCCUC